UCCGCAAGAACUGAAAGAUGUAAGCAAAAUUGCUAUGCGAAUUUCUUAUCAAACGCAGUCCACAGAUCGAUCGCUCGCUGGAAAGAUUGACGUUCCUAUCAGCUUCUUCAACAUUGUUGAAACCGACAUUAACCAGAAGGUCUAGUGAUGGGGAUUAGCAAAACAGAGCUAAACUUGAGAAGGUUGCUUGCAUCUGCACCUAACCAACAAAACCCAACAAAGCUCUUACAUUAUGUUGCUACUCUACGGGAGCAACUGGAAGAAUUAUCUGAAGAGAGGACCCCAGAAGGGUUACCAAGAAUUUCGAAAGCUCAAAUUAAUGAAUAUUCUGAGAAUAUUCAGGUCAUUGCUGCCAAAUUAGCAGUCCCUGUGUCAGAUAGCAAAGAAAUUGAGGAACCUCGCUUAGCUGUAUCAUUGGUUAGAGAAAACCCUUCUGCAACAAACAUUGAAUUACCUACCUCUCCUGGUUUAAGGAGAAGAUUUCAGAAACCCUCAAGUAUUGUUGAAGGUAAAGGUCAUGGUUCUCCAGAUACUGAUGAUUCGGGGCCUGUCAAACUUGAUGAUGCAGCACGCUCACAUAUUGAGAAACACAGAAACCUUCAAGAAGAUUUGACAAAUGAAAUGGUUGGAUUGGCAAGACAAUUGAAGGAGAGUAGUCAAGUUAUGAGUCAAUCGCUCAAGAACACAGAAAAAAUUCUUGACUCAACGGAGAAGGCGGUUGAACAUAGCUUGGCAAGCACUGGCAGUGCCAACAGUCGAGCUGCGGAAAUAUACUCGAAGACUUCUAAGACAACAUGCUUCACAUGGCUUUUGAUAUUUGCAAUGACCUGUAUCUUCAUCAUGAUUGUGCUUCUUAUUCGCGUUACUUAGGUAAUUAAUAAUUCCAUUUGUGAUUAUACAGCAAGAAACAAACACACCAGCAGCUUUGUCUUAUGACAUGAAAUGAAAUUGAAGGCCUUGACAAUAAUAUUACAUUAUUUGCAUAUGUUUUGAUUUUGUAA